GGCCGGCCUGGUCCCCCGUGGCCAUAUUGACUCCCAGCCCUUCCCUGCGGCUCCACUGCUUCUGCACCGGGGCUUCCGCUUACAGACGGGGAAGUGAGGCCUUGGAUUAAAUAGCUUGCCCAAAUUCGUGUGGCUGUUAAGUGGUAAAACCGGAAUUUGACCUCAAGGAUCUGGUUGGAGAACCUGGGCAGAGACUGUUAUACAGCGGCAUCAAGGACAGCCACCCAGUAGAAACAUCCAGGCCAUCCUGGAAUGAUACGUCAUUGGAUUCGAGUGAAGUAAGGAUCAUCAGCCCGUGGUGCAGACAAAAAAAAGAGUAAUCAGAGAAUUUUGGUCAGUGGACAACAACCACCAAACUUGUUAAUGAGCGAUGCUACACGAAGGAGAAUGGCGUUGAAACAGGUUUCCAGCAGCAAGAGCUUUGGAGGGUUCCAGAAAGUUUUUGAACAUGACAGUGCUGAAUUGAAAUGCAAGAUGAAAUUUGCUGUCUACCUGCCACCAAAGGCAGAAUCUGCAAAGUGCCCUGUAUUGUAUUUUCUAUCUGGUUUGACUUGCACAGAACAAAAUUUUAUAACAAAAUCUGGCUUUCAGCAAGCUGCCUCAGAACAUGGCCUUAUUGUCAUCGCUCCAGAUACCAGCCCUCGUGGCUGCAAUAUUAAAGGAGAAGAUGACAGCUGGGACUUCGGCACUGGUGCUGGAUUUUAUGUGGAUGCCACUGAAGAUCCUUGGAAAACCAACUAUAGGAUGUACUCUUACGUAACAGAGGAGCUUCCCCAGCUCGUUAAUGCCAAUUUCCCAGUGGACCCCCAAAGGACAUCUAUUUUUGGCCACUCCAUGGGAGGCCAUGGAGCUCUGAUCUGCACUUUGAAAAAUCCUGGAAAGUACAAAUCUGUGUCAGCAUUUGCUCCAAUUUGCAACCCAAUGCUCUGUGUUUGGAGCAAAAAAGCCUUUGGUGAAUUUUUGGGACCAGACCAAAACAAAUGGAAGGCUUAUGAUGCUACCCAUCUUGUGAAAUCCUACACAGGUUCUCAGCUGGACAUACUAAUUGAUCAAGGAAAAGCGGAUGAGUUUUAUGACCAGUUACUCCCCGAGAACUUCAUAGCUGCCUGUACAGAAAAGAAAAUCCCUGUUGUUUUUAGAUUACAAGAGGGUUAUGAUCAUGGCUACUACUUCAUUGCAACCUUUAUUGCUGAUCACAUCAGACAUCACGCCAAAUACCUGAAUGCGUGAAAAGCUUCACAUAAGGGAAUCACUUCUGGAUUAUGAAAGUUCUAAUAAAGAAUUGCUGAGAAAGAUUUCAAAACAUUGGAUUUUAUAGUGCGAAAAUGGCUUCAUUCUACAAUUGAAUCACCUUCUGAAUAAACAAACCUACUUUUGA